UGUGAACGAAGCCUGAAGGAUUCCCCGUGUGGACAGAAGAAAUGAAGUAAAACUCUCUGGAUGUUCAUGUGAACAUGAGACAGAGGAGCUGACGAAGGCGAACCAGCAGCUGGAGGUGGAGAUGCAGGAGUGGAGCAUCUCCUACGAGUGCAUGCAGGACGAGGAGGAGCAUCUCAGACACAGCCUGGCCUCUGUGUCCGCGGAGUACCGUCAGAGAGCAGCCGAGCUGGAUCAGCUGGAGGUCGAGAUUCAGGAGGAGAGGAGCAGGAGGUGGCAGCUGGAGGGCGACAUGCAGGAGGCGGCCGUCAUCCUCAGACAAGUCCUGACGGACUCAGAGGAGUCGUCUGACAGUCAGCUGAAGAUGCAGAGGCUGGUGGAGAUCCUGGAGAGCACCGCCCCCGAGGGAACAGGCCCCGCCCCCAAUGACCCCACUGAGGACAGCAGCACCGGACAGCAACCUCAGACCACCGGCCCCGAACCAUCCAGGGCAGAGACCCUGAACAUAGCCUCAGACCCACUGUUCCUGAUGGCCCGCUACAGACCGGGCGACCUCGGCCUCAUACCUCGACCCACGUGGAAACACGGACCAGGGUCGAGCGCCCGGGUCACCAACAGCAGGAAACUCUAUUGCUGUCAGAGGACGUCGGGCGCUGUGGACCCGUCUGAUCCGGAUCCUCAGGAGACUGAGUCAGAGGCCGAGGCCUCCACAGACCCCUGA